GGUUCAACCAACGCCAUCGCCCGGACUCAAGAGAGCUUGCCACUUGUAGAAUGUUGGCCACAUAAAGAGAAAAAAAUCAUUUCUAUUGGAACACAAAAGAGUUGGCACCAAAAAAAAAAAAAUGCGUGAGAGCGCCUUCUUGAGUCUGCUGACUGGUUAUCUGAAAAAGUUGGAUCAUUUUCCGAGAGAAAAUGUUUGAUUAAAUCCCUUCUGUGGAGGCGAUCAACUGGAUACACUUAUUUAACGUAGGCAUUCAUUUUUUACAGGAGACUUUUUUUUCUUUUACGAUCUGUAACAUUUUAAACUGCUUUAACUGGAAUAAAGCGAUAAGAAACUAGAGUGUCUCCAAGCAAGUGGAAAGUCAAUGAUGACAAAAUCUGUGGAGAAAUGUGGAUAUCCAUCACAUCAAAUGUAAUCUAAUAAUGAUGGGAGCUCUCUGUCUGGUAUGGACCUUAAAUGGAUACGUUUAAAAUGAGCUGACAGAAUACUGUAAAAACAUAUCUAUAUUUCUUGCUCUGGAUAAAAGCUUCAUUUAAAAUGGAAACUAGAAUAUAGGAAUAGAUUAAAUGUGUUCAAUAAAGUCUAGUUAAAAAUGUUCACAGUUCAUUGUGUGUUAGCUGCUUUCACGCUCAGGACUUCCAUUGUGUACGGAUUAGAGUAAUGUUAGACAAAUAAAGAAUAAAGUAUGUGGCUUUAAUGUAAACUAGACGACAAAAUGGAUUUCCAUUUCAUCCCAUCGGCAACUGAUCAACGUGUCAAUAUUUCUAUCAGCAUUGGUUCAAUAAAUACCGCGAUAAGCGAUUUAAAUGUCUGUAACAAUCAGAUCUUUGUCUGCGAUAUUAAAUGUCGGUGCCACAAAAAUAUGCAUGAAAAUCAUGCCUCCAGAGGAGCCUUACACCCAGAUGACACCGGUUUGGAUUGCGUCACUCAAUGUCGUCUGCCCAUUGCCAGAUCUCGAGAUUACAAUGUCAAGGUUCCUGACUGUCAGUAUUUCUGCCUUAUGCCAGCGUUGCUUUUUAAACGAUCACCUUUCUGCGCUGGUGUAAGCUGUGAAAAUCAUGAGAGUUAUCACCCCAUUUGUUCUAAACACUUCCAGCGAACAGUUUUGUUGACUGAUGCAUGGACUUUUCCCCGUGGCCUUGAACCUUGCAUACCACUUCCUGCCUUAGAGAAUGACUCCACAACAUCGAAUUCGACACGCACCAUUCGUCGCUUCCUUUUGUUGUCAAGUUGGGCUGUUGACUCGACUUGCAGAAUUAUCAACCAGACUACCUCAUCCCAUUCAUCGGCAAGCUCUAAAACCUACGCAAAAUUCAGCAGUGGUACCGAAGACAGAAACGUUUAUGUCUCUAGUGAGAAAUCGAAAGUUUCAGAUACCAAAAGAAGCACUAGCAGGAGUGUAUGCAGGAGUGUAUGCAGGCAUCAUUAUCAACCAACGUCACUACUAUGCACCUUUCUCUUAGCCAUCUUGGCCUUGACCACGACACGCACGAGCUGCCAGCCAAUUAGCCUGGCCAUCAGCGCCAUCUAUCCGGAGCUGAUGGCUACCAGAGAUCUGCAUUCCGAACUGUGGAACAACUUCGCCGCGGUGUGGCGCAGCCAUAUCUCCCUGCGUGACCACUUCACAGUUCACGUGUUUCACAAAGCCAUCAAGUUUGACGACCCUCGAGAGAUCCUGAACAUGUUCUGUAAGGAUUUCUUCCCCAACCAGGUGAUCACAGUUCUAAACAUCAACAACCCCCUGGGAAUGACCAGAAGAACGAGCUCCAACCACUACAUCAACCAGCUGACUAGGUAUCUCGGCAUACCUAUAAUUUCAUGGGACACAGAAUAUACAGGUAGUUCACAGGCAUCUCAGUUGCAUCGUACCAUCCAGCUAGCCCCCACCAUAGAGCAUCAGGCAUCCGCCAUGGUCAGCAUGCUGGAGAGAUACAACUGGACUGCUUUUACUAUCGUGACUUGCCCUGUGAUAGGCAGCACGCAGUUCGUCACGGCCCUCGAGUUGAUGGUCGAGGAGAGUCAGAAGAGAGCAGUGACAGCGCCCGCAUCGGCAAGGAAAGAAAGUUUGGAAAUUAUCUCCCAUAUUCAUCUGAAAGACGUUAAAGACAUAUCGAUUCAAUUGUCCAAGAUCAAAGGUUCAGACAGCAGAGUUUUCUUAAUGCACUGUACCAGCACCAUGACCUUUGACGUCAUAGCCGUGGCCAGGAACUUGAGUCUAGCAGAUAAAGAUUACGUCUGGAUAUUGAGUCGAUCAGCCAUUCCGAACGUCAGGCAAAGUACCAAACUGCCCAUAGGACUUAUGGGGAUAACUUUCGACUAUGACAAACAGGCAAUCAAGCAGGCCUUGCGGUGGGGCAUGAAGGUCUUUCUCUACACACUUUUAGAACUCAGCAAAAAACCUGGCCUACUGACCAACAUCACACUGCAGCCAAAGUUUUCAUGCGAUGCAGAACAACUUCCGGUGUGGCAAGAUGGUGAAAUUUUGUACAGACACAUGCUAAAUGUGUCCAUACCAGGAGAAACACAUCUGAAGUUCAAUCAGAAUGGAACUCUGAAACAGACAGACCUGAUCAUCUGGAACUUGCAGUGGUUGGGUGGCAGUAAAAACACCACAGAAUGGAAAGAGGUUGGUCGAUGGACAGUAAACGGUUUAAAGAUGUCGGAGAUCACGUGGCCAGGCGGGGGCUCCACUCCUCCAUCGGGGAAACCUAAGAGGGCGUUCCUCCGUAUUGCCACGCUGUACGAAGAGCCGUACGUCAUUUACCGGCAGCCGGAAGAAGAAGGGAAAUGUGAUGACAAGUCACUGCCAUGUCACAUCUACCAGAGGAAUGAGAAGAAAGUCUUACUAAGUAACGAAACAAUCUUCAAAUGUUGCUCUGGAUUAAGUAUGGACCUACUGAAGAUAUUCAGCGAACAACUCAACUUUGACUUUGAAAUCAAGGAAGUUUAUGAUGGUCAGUGGGGAUUAUUGGUCAAUAAGACUUGGAAUGGCCUGGUCAAAGCCCUGUUGACAAAGGAAGCGGACAUAGUGAUGACGUCAUUCAAAAUCAACCCGGACAGGGCCAGCGCCGUGAACUUUUCGGUGCCCUACUUGGAGACUGGCAUUAAGAUCAUUGUGGCGCUACGUGACGGCGCCAUAUCGCCAACAGCCUUUCUAGAGCCUUAUGACUAUGCCUCCUGGUCGCUUAUCCUAAUCUUCAGUGUCCAUGCUACCGGCUCGUCCAUCCUGAUAUUUGAAUGGUUAAGUCCCUAUGGACUGAACCGUGGACUGACACAUAUGAGAGAUCACAAGUUCUCCUUAUUCAGAUCCUUCUGGUUAAUCUGGGCUAUGCUGUUCAGUACAUCAGUGCAGACGGACUCCCCGAAAGGAAUAGCCAGUAGGUUCCUGGCCAAUAUCUGGGCUCUCUUUGCCCUGGUGUUUCUGGCUUCCUACACUGCCAACCUGGCAGCAUUUAUGAUCACUAAAGAAGAGUACUAUGAUUUGUCUGGCAUUCAAGAUUACAGGCUUCAGAAUCCAUAUACAAUGAAUCCUCCCUUUAAAUACGCCACUAUACCGAAUGGCAGCACUGAAGCCAACAUACGUACUAAUCAUAUUGAUAUGUACAACUAUAUGAAGGCAUACAACUUACCGGAUGUGGAGUCAGGAAUUACGGCUUUGAAACAAGGAAAGAUUCAAGCUUUUAUUUACGACUCAUCAGUGUUGGAAUACAGAGCGUCACGUGACCCAAAGUGUGGACUUGUGACUGUAGGCAACAGAUACGCCAUGACAGGAUACGGUGUUGGUUUCCCGCCAAAUAAUAAACAGUUUAAAAAUCCUUGGAUUGAUAAAUUCAACAAAGUGAUUCUCAAACUGCAGGAAAACGGUGAACUUGACAGGUUACAAAAGUUUUGGCUUGCCGGAGCUUGUGAUACGAAAAAAGAAAAAGGCGUGUCCAACAGAACUUUGGGAAUUUUGAACUUCACGUCUGCUUUCAUUUUAUUGGGUACUGGAGUUUUGUUGGGGCUCCUCAUUUUAAUAUUUGAACACAUCUACUUCAAGUUCUGUCGCAAGCGUUUAAAAAAAUGGGAUAAAUGUGGAUGUUGUGCUUUGGUAUCCUUGAGUAUGGGCAGAUCUUUACAGUUUAAAGACUACGUCGAGGAGGCGAUGAAUACUUUUGGGAAAUCCCGAUGCAAAGACCCAACGUGUGAAACACAGAUGUGGAAACUGAGACAUCAGCUCGAUAUGGCUUUGUUAAAGAUUGACCAUCUCCAGAAUCAGCUCGGCGAUCUUGGAGUGGAAUAUUUAGCUAUAUUACCAGCAUCUACGCAUGUCACGGAGCAGGAAGCAGAACAUGCACAGAAUUUUGGUGCCAUCAGAGCCAAUGGGAUGCAAAGUCCUCAAGCGUCUUUUAUAGGGUCUCAACCUUUAUCUAAAUGUGGAAUGAGGUUGAGAACAAUGCAGCCAUUCGGCCCAGAUCUACAGGAGACUGCUUUCAUGAAAAGUAAUGAUCAGGUUCUUUGUGAUCCUGUUGCUGGAAAGAUGGACCAGCUGGUGGAGCAUUUUGAUGAGACGGACAGCUCUCCAUUGGCAGAAGAGUAUCCUGAUCCCUCCCUGCCUCCACCUCCCCUGGGAGAGUCUCCUCUGCUUAGCGCUAGCGUCAGUAACGUCACAGGAGGAGGGGAGACUAGCUAUGGGUUUGAUGACUUUACCAGUGAGUCCGGCAGUGCCAGAAGUCUCAGCGCCCUGGCCGGCAGAAUACACUUGUCGGGUUCCUCCCCGGGCAACGCUCUGAGACGCACGCCAAGUUACUCCUCUGCUGUUGGUCGGGACACUGGCUCUGACAGCGCGGGAGAAAACUCUCCAAACAUGUCUGGCCGUGUCAGGCUGUAUGACGGUAAAACAUAUAUUGGAGUAGACAGCCGGAACAGAAUAACAUGAUCAUUCUUAAUCACGUAAUUAGUUGGGUUUUUUUUUUUGUGUCAUUCCAUUUGGUGAACAUGGUAGGGCAUCUCUUAAUGAGCUGUUUCAAAGUCUGACUUGAAAGCUUCAGACAUUUCUUCCGAGCUGAAGAUCAUUGCGUCCUAGCACAAAGCUCCUGAAAGAUGGCCAGAGUUAGCGGUGUGAAGGUUUCGAGCUCGACACCACCGUGGCGGGGAGUACAAAGGGGCACACAAUCAGGCAGACGUCAUGCUGGCGUGUGGUGUCCCAAAUAAAACCUUCCUAUACAUAGAAGUGACGCAUAACUAUACCGGCACAUUCAUCAUAGUACUGACCUAUCUAGUAUAUAUUUGAGCUUUGAUCUGGAAUUGUUUUCCAUUUGUAAAUAUUGUCUCGUCAUUUUUCUUCCGGUUGUAUUUUUUCUAUUGUUUUCUAUUCAAGCAUUAAAAUGACAUAACUUAAUUAGUAGCAUAGUUUCAGUGAAGCAUUACACCGAAUAAUGUCUCAAUGUUUCCAAUAUGUAUCAUUUACUAAAUUUCUUAAAGGUUUUGUGCGUUUCUGUGUAAAAACCGGUCGAUGUUGGGCGUUAUGGUGUUUCUCUCCGCAUAAACCUGAUGUCUUAUAUGAUAUCAUUACUUUCUUAAAAUUGUGAUUGCAUCUGCGCAUCUUUGUCCAAUUUUGUUUGUAACAAUUUUAUAUGGAGAGGAAAAAAACUCUAAGAAUAUUUUUCGGACUGAAGAAACCUUGUAACACAAUAGAACGAAUUCCUAUUUCUGCGGCGUUGUUAGAAAUUCAUCGUGUGUCUUCGAUAAAAUAAUUUUAGAUAAUUAAACAGCUUAUCUCUUAAUUACGUUGUAGUGAUAUGUAAAGGAAAAACAAUUUUAGUUUAUGUGUAUGUGUGUGUGUGUUUAUUCAGCCAUGCUAUUAAGUCAAGUCAUUUUCUUUUUUUUUUUUUCUAAGGCUGUGAAGAAAAAUUUAGAACAGCUUAUUCAGCAGACGGUAUCCUAUAUACACACACACACAUAAAUACAUUCACACUUACACACCAUUUUUGUUCAAUGUGCAUGUUUGAGUAAACUGAGUGUUAAAAUUCCAUUUGCUCCUGAUUAUAAAGCAGGAUGUCUGUAGUUCUAUUAGCUGGUGUCUAUUUGAUUGUAGCUCUGUAAUAUCAACUUUAAACUGCUUUUGUUCAUUAUCUUCGGUGUCAAAUGAUGUCAUGAAUGGAAACCGAAAGAGUUUUUGGAUCUGAACACUAUCUGUGUUGCAAGGUUUUAAGAAGAUUUAGACUUAUGUUAGAACUCCUCCAGUUAGCUUGCAGUCUCAUCUUUGGUGGAAAAAGGCUGGGCGAAUAUUUCGGAAACUGCUCUAAUGAGUUUUUCUGAAAAUUAGACAAUUAUGUAUAUCUUUGGGAAAAUUACAAUCUAGUUUGCCACUCUGUGAAAACUCUAGUUUGGUCGUGAUAGUUUUUUAAAAUAUUACCAGCUUAAAAUUUUAUUUCGCUUUGUAAAGUAAGUAAAAGGUUUCCCUUUCUAUAGUUUGGCUCAGGGCCGGUCUUAGGCCACUGCAACCUAUGCGGUCGCAGUGGGCCCCGCGCUUGCAUAGGCCCCGCGCUAAUUCGAAGUAAUUAUUAAAUUUCAAAAUUUGUAGGCCUACGAAAAAUUCCUGGAAAUCUCCUGAAUUUAUUAAAAUCUCAUGAAAAGUCAUAAAAAUCUCCUGAAAAAUAGACAAAAUUGUCAUUUGUGGGUGUCAUUCAUUGUGGAAAACGCCAAUCCUACACGCGUUAAAAGAAAAAGGCAUUGUCAGCAUUCAUGCAAUAGAAUUUAAUAAUCGGGCGAAUGUUCACCUUAAUCGGAAGUUCCAAUACUUUAUUUACUUUUAUAGUCACUGGCAUAUAAAUAUGCCAUAGGUUGAAAGGUUCAUAAAGUAAAGUUAAUUUGAUCGCAAUUUUGUACUUAGUAAAGAAUGAAUACAAUUCAAAGUCGAAUUUUUUUUCUAAUACAAAAUCUUAAUUUUCACUUAUUAUCCUUAUUCCCACCAAGACUAGGCCCCGCGAAAUCAGUUUCGCAUAGGGCCCCGCAAUUGUUAGAACCGGCCCUGGUUUGGAUUACCCUUUUUCAAAACGACUUUAGUGGGGAAUUUUCGCUCUCGCCUCCAAUGUUUCUUUUUUGUCAGUGAAGAUUUAAAUAAAUAAAUAGACUUCUAUGAAUAUUUUGGCAGUCCACAUGCCCUUGUCGAAUCAUUAGUUCGUUUGUAAAACUUGAUAGUGAUAAGGUCACUGUAAAAAACUUCUUAUAAUAAUAAAGAAAUAAAAAGAAUGAGAUGCUAUAGAGAGAAAGACCAUCGUCAGCUAAUAAGAAUUGAUUUUUUUUUUAUUUUACCUUUUUUAAAAUUUAAUCUACUUUUUUGUAGCCAGUGUAACAGUGUAGCCGAUGAGUAGUGCUAAUUUAUCAAUGCUCUGUCUGAUAUAUUAGAAUAUCUGUUGUGUUAUUUGCUCCCUUUCGAUAUUUGUUUAUUAUGGGUCAAAAGAUAAAGAACACCGCCAUUAAUUAAUUAAUUAGAAUUACGUCAGUGUAUGUCGUCUAUAUCCUGUGAUUGAAAGAUUGUGUCACUUAGUAUCCAUUGUUUUCUAAUUCAUUACGAUGGUUGUUCCUUUUAAUAUGGAUUUCUUGCCACAUCAAAUCUUUAAUCAUUGCAUCUGUUUACUGUCCAUUCGUUUUAGUCAACAAAUCUAUUGUUACAACUUGUAGUCAACAAAUCUAUUGUUACAACUUGUAUAUUGUUACUUAAUAAAUGAUUUUUUUCUCU